ACCUCCCCCUUGCUCCUGUGGAGCUGAGUUGCAUGACCCCAAAAGCUUUGUGAGUUUCAGUGAACAGAGUAGGAGAGGGAGAGAACGAGGGAGGGAAGGAGGGACGCGCUCAGAUCGAAGAAGAGAGAGAGAGGGGAAUGAAAGAAGAGACAGAGUGAGAGAGAAGCAACGCCAGUUGAUCUGCGCUCUCCUCGGUGUGUCAUGGAUUUGUGGAGCUGCAGGGCAGUUGUGCGUGGACUAGUGUGGAAUUCAGCACUGUGGAAUAGUUCUGUGGAAUAGUUGGGAAUACUAGGCCAGGUCUACAGCAGAACCGUGUGGAAUUCUGCUCCCAGUCCGGAACUGUCAGUGUGAUUUCAUGAUGCCUUCUGUGUCCCUUAGCCUGCCGGCGAUGCUGGCUGGCCAAGCGCGCACCUGGGUGUGCCUCUCCUGCAUGUUCUGGCCUGAGGAGUUAGAGGCCGUCCACUCCCACACCUUCCGUGCGAAGACGUUUAAGAAGAGCAAACACUGUGGUGUGUGCAAGCAGCCACUCAGCACGGAGGGCCUAAUCUGCAGAGUGUGCCGGUUAACAUGCCACAAAAAAUGUGAGGUCAAGGUUUCUACAUCCUGUGUCCCGGCUGCUAACUAUGAACUGGCUCCCAGCAAUGACAUCUCCUUAAAGCACGUAGAGACAACGGGCUCAACUAAAUCUUCUAAGAGCAUGGAGUCCCGCCGUAGGCCGUCCAGGAGUGUGAGUCUGAUUCAGGCAGUGGAGGAGAACUAUGAAGUGGACCUGGUCUACAUCACAGAGAGGAUCAUCUCCGUGUCUUUCCCCAGCAGCGUAGAGGAGCAGAGUUACAGCUCUAACCUCAAAGAAGUGGCCAGCAUGCUCCGCUCCAAACAUGGAGAAAACUACCUGCUCUUUAACCUGAGUGAAAAGCGAUAUGAUAUCUCCAGGCUAAACCCCAAGGUGCUGGACUUUGGCUGGCCAGACCAUCAUGCUCCAGCCCUGGACAAGAUCUGUAGCAUAUGUAAAGCUAUGGACACCUGGAUGAGUGCUGACAGCCAUAAUGUUGUGGUCCUGCAUAACAAGGGAAAUCGAGGGAGAGCUGGUGUCGUUGUGGCUGCAUACAUGCAUUACAGCAACAUUUCAGCGAGUGCAGAUCAGGCCCUGGACAGGUUCGCCAUGAAGCGGUUUUAUGAAGACAAAGUGCUUCCUGUAAGCCAACCUUCCCAGAAAAGAUAUGUGCAGUAUUUCAGUGGACUGCUGUCGGGCCACAUUAAGAUCAACAACAAGCCUCUCUUCCUGCACCACGUUAUCAUGCAUGGCAUCCCCAACUUUGAGUCCAAAGGAGGUUGCCGCCCUUUCCUCAAGAUCUACCAGGCCAUGCAGCCAGUCUACACAUCUGGGAUCUAUAAUGUCCAAGGUGACAGUCAGACCAGCAUAUGCAUCACCAUUGAGCCUGGACUGCUUCUGAAAGGAGACAUUCUGCUGAAGUGUUAUCACAAGCGCUUCCGUAGCCCGUCCAGAGACGUCAUUUUCAGAGUGCAGUUUCACACCUGCGCUGUUCACGACAUGGGCCUUGUCUUUGGCAAGGAGGAGCUGGAUGAAACGUUCAAAGAUGACAGGUUCCCUGAAUAUGGAAAAGUAGAGUUUGUCUUCUCGUUUGGCCCAGAAAAAAUCCAGGGUAUGGGCCAUCUGGAGAAUGGACCCAGUGUCUCUGUGGACUACAAUACCCAGGAUCCUCUUAUUCGCUGGGACUCCUAUGAAAACUUCAAUCAGCGCUUUGAAGACUCCACAGAGGACGUCAUUCACACACAAGGUCCUCUGGAUGGUAGCCUAUAUGCUAAGGUUCGCAAAAAGGAUUCCCUGGAUGCUACACUCAACGGCCUCUCCACUGCAGGUGACCACACCCUUCCCACUGUAGAUCACACCCUCCACCCUGUCGACCACGCCCUGUCCGUGAGCAGUGACUCCGGAAACUCGACAGCCUCCAUCAAGACUGACCGCACCGAUGAAGCCAGCCACCAGCUGGCGCCAGUGAGCCAGCCGCCCACCCAACCCCUUAGCCCUGAGGAGAAGCAGGAGCUGGAUCAACUGCUUAGCGGCCUGGAGGCACCCAUGCACCGGCCGGGCUAUCAGAGCAGCUCUGGGGGAGGCGGAGGGGGAGGAGCAGGAGGAGCGGGAGGAGCGGGAGGAGGGGGAGGAGGGGGUGUCCUCCACUUGGUACCUGCACAGGUCCAUGUCAACGGCCACAGCAGCAUAGACAGGGAGACAGACAUCCUGGACGAUGACUUGCCCAACGGCCAGGAAGGCAACAGCGUGGACAGUCUUGGCACGCUGUCUUCAAUUGGGGGCCGAGCCACACCAGCUGACCUGUACUACCAGCCCGAGACGACCAUAAACGGCCCGGGCGUGCCCUACCCGGAGAAAGGUGUGCAGGGGAAAAGCCCAGAGCCCGUGGCACUCCUCCAUAGCUCCCAAUCUGCACAGGAUCAGCUGGAGUGUGACCCAGAGCUGCCCUCCAGCGGCUACGGCAGCCACACUGGCAGCUUCUCUCGCUCGCAGACGUUCGGCGCAAUGCCCAGCGCUGAGCAGAUGCCCAUGCCAAAGGCUCCGACCCGCACCACCAGCAGCCGGGACGCUGUGCAGCGGGGUCUGAAUGUUUGGCAGCAGUAUGGCAUCUCGGAGGAACCCGUCACCGAGGGAGUGCACUUCAGUCCAGCCCUGCAGACCCACAGCCUGCCUGAGUUCCCCCGUGCUGCCUCACAGCAAGAGAUUGAGCAGUCCAUUGAGACCCUGAAUCUGCUCAUGUUGGACCUGGACCCAGCCCUCACACAGGUGCCCAAGUCCUACAGCGCACCCUCUGGUGAGGGCGUGGUCACCACCCAGCCAUCCUUCUCCCAGACCCAGGCUCGCCCUUCCUAUCAGGCCGACGCUGCCAUACGUACCCAGGCAGGGGCCUCGCCGGCUGGGUACACCCAGCCCCUACAGCGUGCCUCCCCCAUCCAACAGGCUCCAUCCCCUGUGCAGUACCACCUCAUAGAAGGCCCCCAGCCAGUUCUUGUCAGCUCUCAGAGGUCUGCAGGCCACUUGGCCACUGAGCCCGAUGGCCCUGUUCACUCCUCGAUGCCCAAUUCUACAGUUGGCAGUCUGCAGCUGAAACCCCUCAAUAUAUAUCCCCCAAGCACGAGCUCUCAGUCUCCUGAUCAAUCAGAGGGUGGCACACAUGGCAUCGCCCAGCGGAGUUACUCUGCUUCCUCGUCCUUGCUGCCCAGGGAGGCUGAACCUGAGGAUAUCAACUACAAGCUGGAGGGGCUGGUGGCCCACCGUGUGGCAGAGUACAACGCUCGUAUCCUCAGCAUCAGUGAUAGAACAGCCACUGCUGAACUUGACAGCCACCACUGCUCUCUCUCCUUCUCUGGGGUCCAGUCACUGGAUGAAGGCUCAGCACCAGGACGACGCCGGACCACCAGUGAAGGCCAGGAUGAAAGCCCCACGCGUGUCCGCUCCCCCAUUCGCUGCAUUUCACCCGAACUGGCCAAUACCAUCGCACUCAACCCAGGGGGCCGGCCUAAAGAGGGACACAUGCACAGUUACAGGGAGGCCUUUGAGGAGUUGGAGGGUGGUCCCAUAAGCCCCCCACCAGCUGUCGGUGGUGAGGCCCUCCCCAAAACCCCUGCCUUCCCUGUCUCGCCACAAACCCCUUACUUCAACCUGUGCCGCUCACCUCCAGGCUUGGCUAAAACGCCUCUCUCCUUCCUGGGCCUGAAGCCACACAAUCCAUCUGAGAUCCUUCUGAACCAGACAGGCUCAGAGCCUCGGAGCUAUGUGGAGUCUGUUGCACGGUCAGCAGCGGGGACAGGGCAGCCGUCAUCGCCUGUCACUCCCAGCUUUGACAGCAGCAUUGUGGCCCAAGACGCCACCCCCUCUCACUCCUUCAACACCCUUCUGCCUUCCAGCAGUCCUGUCUCAAGCCCAGAGGGGGAGCAGGCAGUGGCUGAUAGUGGGAUGAGCUCACCAUUUCCCAGAGUGGCAGACUCUAGCUUCCGUUCUCUGCCCUCCCAGAGCACUCCGUUUACUCCUACUAGCUCCUACCCUACUCCUGGCAGUCUGAUGGGCAGUUACAUAACUCCCAGCCUCAAUUCUUCCUCCCCGGAGCCUGCCCAUGUUAACGCCAUGGGUGGCCAUCCCACACUCAGUAGCCCUGAUACCAACCACUACACCAUACCUGCCGCCACAUUAUCCAGCCCCACCCUGCAGUGCAGGUCAGCCGGACAGGAUGGCCCCGGGCUCGGUCGACAGCCGUCUCCGCCCAACGACUAUCAACCUGGGUUAUCCAGCAGCCCUGUGUUGCCAAGGCUUGGUAUGGUUUCACAGGCGACGCAGAGCAGUCCGGUGCUGAGCCGACAGAUGCCCAUUAACCAGGGCAUGCAGAGCAGUCCCUCUUUGAGCAGGCAAGCCCUCCAGAGCAGCCCCGUGAUGGGGUAUCAGCCAUCCCUCACCCAGGCUGUCGUCCAGCCCAACCGAGGCAGCCCCGUGCUGAGCAGACAGCCAUCGCAUCCCACCCAGACCAGUCCCGUGCUGAGCAGGCAGGCCUCCCUCACCCAACCUGGUCAGAGUAGCCCCAUCCUGGGCCGCCAGCCCUCUGUCUCUCAGGGGAGCCAGGGCAGCCCCAGCCUGGACCGGCACCCCAUGUACAGCGGCUACACCACCCCAGACGAGAGGCACGGUGCACUGUCACGCCAGAGCAGCUCGUCGGGGUACCACCCGCCCUCAACCCCAUCCUUCCCUGUCUCGCCCGCUGGCUACCCCGAUGCCCUGAGCUUCAGACAGGGAAGCCCAGGCCUGCAGCCGCAGCUCCCCGAGAAGAGACGCAUGUCCAGCGGGGAGCGGCCCAACGGCAGCCUGUCGUAUGGCACUCUCAAUGGCAAGGUGUCCUCGCCCAUGUCCGGUGGAGGGAACACUCCAAGUGUAAACUUCUUCCACACACUCCCUGAUUUCUCCAAACUCAACAUGUGUGAUGGAAACCCAGAGACAAGGCUCAAUGUCAAGUUUGUCCAAGACACUUCCAAGUUCUGGUACAAACCAGACAUCUCCAGAGAACAAGCCAUCAACAUCCUGAAGGAGAGGGCGCCCGGGGCCUUCAUCAUCAGGGACAGCCAUUCCUUCCGUGGUGCCUAUGGCUUGGCCAUGAAGGUGGCCUCUCCUCCCCCGACUGUGCAGCAGACUAAGAAAGGUGACAUCACCAACGAGUUGGUGCGCCACUUCCUGAUCGAGACGAGUCCGAAGGGCGUGAAGCUGAAGGGCUGUCCCAACGAGCCCUACUUCGGCUGCCUUUCUGCACUGGUGUACCAACACUCUAUUACGCCACUGGCUCUGCCCUGCAAACUAGUCAUACCCACAAAAGACCCCCAUGAAGAGAUUCCAGAGGUUGCCACUCCAGUCAACCCUGCUGCAGAUCUUCUCAAACAGGGUGCAGGGCAGAAGAGUCCUGUUGAGGCCCAUGCAUGCAACGUUUUAUACAUAAACUCUGUGGAUAUGGAGUCUCUUACCGGGCCUCAGGCGAUUGCCAAGGCCAUCUCAGAAACCAUGGCAAAUAGUCCUGCUCCCACUGCCACUAUAGUUCACUUUAAGGUGUCAUCACAGGGCAUCACCUUAACGGACAACCAGAGAAAGCUUUUCUUCCGACGUCACUAUCCCAUCAACACAGUCACAUUCUGUGAUAUUGACCCACAGGAGAGAAAGUGGAAUAAGUCAGAGGGGGGCACUGCAAAGUUCUUUGGUUUCGUGGCCAGAAAGCAGGGAAGCACAACCGACAACGUCAGUCACCUCUUUGCUGAGAUGGACCCUGACCAACCCGCUACUGCCAUUGUCAACUUUGUCUCCAAAGUGAUGAUUGGCUCACAGAAGCGAUGAGCUCCUCCCCUGGGCCCCUUUCCCCAAUAGGACUGCUUUCCUGUCAUUUCCUUUCUUACAUAUUCUAGUCUCUGCUUCUUUCAUUUUAGCGUGUAUGCUAAUGUUCACCCAAGAGUGUUAGAAUGUUGGCCCAGGUGUGUGUGAGUGUGUGUGUGUGUGUGUGUGAGUGUGUGUGUGUGUGUGAGUGUGUAUUCAGAUGGCCUAGGGAGUCAAGCUUGGAUGGGGACAGAGGAAGUGCAGCCUAGAGGAUGAGUGGCAUGAGGAAGAGGGGAGAGGUGAUAUUCAUCUCUGCGCAGGGUUAACUUUAGAGGGGACUGACGUUAGUGAAUGUCUUGUUUAAAAAAAAAAACAACAAAACAAAAAGGAAGAGAAAAAGAAAAUUGAGGGACAAUGUUGAGACUGAUAUCAGGCUUUUAGGCUGAUGUACCAAAGAUGACACAGCUGUCAGGAUAAACUUGUAAUUAUUUGAAGGUCUUUUUGUUUCUUUGUAAAAUGAGACUGUUCAUUCAGAGAAUGUUAAAAAUUUCUGUCUAUACGUAAAUAUUGAUACUGUGUUUUGUUUUCUCGGAAAAUACCAUAUAUAUUCUCUUGCUAAAAAUGCUUCAGAACACUUUGCAUAUUCUCACGUGCGUCCAGUCAUUGCUGGGUCAUGUGGAGCCUGCCGGAUUAGAAAGGGCUUCACUGCGAGGAUUUACUUACACGCAGCAGACCAAACCUUUUCACUAGCAAAAAAAAGAAAAAAAAAAAAGAAAAAAAGAAAAAAAAAAAGUGUGCCCGAAUCCACCGUUUCCUCUUCUACUGUUUUUAUCCUCAUAUUGUUUUCUUUGAGAAGUUAAUGAGAACUUGUCCAUUUAGUCCUUGAACCCCAUUGGCCCUGUAGUGUGUGUGGUGGAUUCCUGAAGGACCCUGGGAGGCUGGUUGGCUAGGCCUCAGCUUGCUCCUCGCCCAGGCCUCCCCAUGCUGGGGUUCGAGCCCUUUGGCAAGCAUCCCUGUAUUCAUCCCUUCAUGUGCAGAGGCUCAGGAAAGGGAGUUCUUUUCAGCAGAGAACUCUCUCUCUCUCUUUCUCUUUCUCCCUGUGUCUCCCUUCGCUCCCCCUGGUCUAAUGAGGCCAGUCGGCUCUGCUCUGUCCUCAUCUACCUGCCCAUGCCUUUCCUCGCUUAGGUGACCUUAGGUGACCUGAUGUGAGGGCUGGGCAUUUUUCUUCUGGUUUAGUGAGGAAAGACCAGCAUGUGAGGUGGACCUGGUAAAGAGAUUUUGGGUUUAUUAGUGCAUACUGUAUCUGCAGACUUUAUUCAACACACGCACACAUACACACACACACACACACACACACACACACACACACACACACACACACACACACACACACACACACACACACAUCACUACACUCAUACCCCAAAGUAAGCUAAACAUAUUAAAAAUACACAAGUGAUUUUACUGAAUAUUUAUUAUUUUGCUACAUUAUGUUACUCAUAUACUUAUGCAUAUAUUGUAUAGUCUACAUAAAGAUUAUGAAAGCUUUGAAAAAAAGGAAAAUAAAAAAGCUAUUUUGGCUAAGAAUUCAAAACAGAGGCUUUGGGAAGCAUUUAGUUAUAUAUGAUGUAAAGUAUAUGUGUUUGAAAGCUUAACAUUUUGUUUUGGAUAUCUUUUCACUGCCUUGACGUCUCAUGACUGUUAUUUUAGGCUGUAAGUUAAGAGCUGAUAUUGCUGUAGUGACGGGGAGAAGGACACGCAUGGUACAUAAAGGUUGUCUGGGAGAUUCAGAGAAUUGACAUGCUCCACUAGGACAUUUUACAGUGUCAUUAUUGAACAUCAAAAUGUCUUUUUGUCUCUGGCUUUCUCACUGUCCAUCUUUGGGAAAAAAAAACCCCUGGAUCCUGUGGAAAGGAAUGUCAGUAAUGCCACCGUGAGGCGUUGUCAGGUAUUGCAUAUUCCCCAUUUUCGUUGCAUAUCAGUCAAUGAAACCCUCUUGAUGAUUAUGGGGAAUUACUGCAGUGUUCUAACUGUAAUUUGAGGCAAAAAACCUUCCACCGUCUGACUAGGUCAUAUGAAUGUGUUUCUCACAUUGUGUCCAUGAUGUCAUCUCUUCGUUCAAACUCCCCGUCGUAUCCAGUACACAAUGUCUGUUAGCAGAGAGGUGUUUAAGGUAUUUCUUUGUUUCAAAGCAAAAAAACAACCCUUCCCUUUGUGGUAUGUAAAUACUUCAUUGUUUUGUUUUUUUUGCCAAAGAAAAAUUUCACUUUUAUUUCACUUUUGUAUGCCUUUGUUUGAGAAUUGAUCACUCCCUGGUUGAUGAGCGUGCCGAAGGAUGGCUCAUUGUCCUUAGCAGAGAGGAAGUCCCGCCCAGCAGAGAGACAGAGACUGUUGCGGCACUGCACAGGGGCCAUACAGAACUCUUCCCUAUAAGCUUAACUAAACACUCCAGUAAGAAUUUAAAGCACUUAACUUUUAGGAGUUGUGACACUAAUGAACAAAACUAAUAUGUAAAUCCAUGUCUCUAAACAUCCUUCUGCAUUUACUAGAGUGUGAGUAGCGAUGUGCACUUCCGAAAUCAUUCUAACUUUAGUGUCCUGCUUUCCCCCAUUAGACAUUUCACUUGGCGUGUAGAUUUAGAACAGCUCACCUCUUAUUUAUUAUGUAACUAUCCAGCAAGAAUAUUAUGUUACAUAAUUUUAAUUGGUUAUGCCUUUUUAAAAAUAUAUGUAUAUUGUUAGUGAGAGAAAGAGUCCCUCCACUAUAACAAACCUCUCAUGAGUCUGUGUAAGUCAACAUUGCUGUGUCAUCCUCUCUGCCUACACUAGCUCUUGGCCUAGAAUGUGUGAAUGUGCUACUAUUGCUGUACAGAACCAUGUGUUAUUUGCCUUAUAUUGUAUGGCUUCAUUAUUUUUGAAAGGAAACCUACAUAUUAAAGAGCAAUCCAAAUCAGAUACAUUAAAGUACACUGUUCCUUGAAAAA